AUGCCUCGAAAAAGGAGUGCAGACCGUAUCGGCCCCCUGAAAACGCGGUCACGCAGCGGCUGCCAGCAAUGCCGCAGCAGCAAGGUCAAGUGCGAUGAGAGAUUGCCACACUGCACCCGUUGCUGGGAACGCGGCCUGCAGUGCCAGAGAGGCGUGUCAUUGAAAUGGGAAUCAGAGUACUUGAGUCGUGGUUUAACGUUUGGGAGAGCAGGCGUGUGGAAGAAGGGUCAGGAUCAGCAUGGGGAAUUCGCUGCUGAUACGUCAAUAUCAUCAACAUCGCCAACGCUGUCAACGACGACUCUGUACUCGGAUGAGUGCCAUGAAUGGCUUCCUGUACCGCGGGUAUAUGGAUGGAGCUUUAUCAACUCGGAUUAUGCUACGUUUGAGCAGCCGCGUGCUGUUUCUAUUCCAACUAGUCCUUUGACGUAUCAAAUUGAUAGGUCGAAGGAUGAGGGUGGAUGUUUAGUGGCGGUUAAAUGCAGCGAGAGGCCGAGGAGAUCUCUCUCUAUCUUCCCAGAACUCUCUGGAACGAAACAUGCCCAGCUUUUCGACUAUUACUUUCAAGCGGUGUGUCCUCGUACCACACCCAGUCAGAAAGAACCGUCUCCUUUCGCCGCGCUCAUUCUUCCAUUCUCGACAGUAGCAUCGCAGACCCUGGUCAAAGCGAUACAGGCACUGGGUGCGUGUCACUGGUCGAAGUCUGACUCGAAAUUAUCUGCGGUUGGUCUUCGCUUCAAAUCGGCUGUGCUCAAGGAACUUCGUCACAAGCUCGCCACAGAAGGGCCUUUGAAAUGCUCAAUGGAUACGGAAAUCCUUGUCAUUAUGAUGAUGCUCUGCUUGUAUGAGAUUGUGGAUGACUGCGAUCAGCGCUGGACUGUGCACCUGCGCGGAGCCAAAGACCUUGUUGCCUUUCGAAGACAAAGGGAAUCUAUGUGGCCGUCGCCUAGUAUACGCGGCGAGUUAGAUUCCUUUUCCGAGGGUUUCUUUGCGUUCCAAGAUAUAAUCGGCCGCACCGCAUGCGGCGAGACUGCAGUCUUUGGCGCAGACUACUGGCGAGGAGAUGAGCAGCAGAUUAACGUCUGGAUGGGAUGCAGUCCAGAGUUGGUCUCAAUUCUUUCCAUGAUAACUGAGCUGAGCCGGUCGAGACGGAGGAAUAUGAGUGAUGAUGAUGGCUCCUCUUUCUUUCUACCGGCUGCUUCUUUGGAGAACCGCCUCGACCAUCUUCAACAGCUGGCGGCCGAUCCUACUGAUAUUACCCUGAUUGCUGCUGCUGAUCUCAAGCGCCAGGCGGCGAUAUUAUACCUACACUGUGCCCUAUACGGUGCCUCUCCAUCGACUUCGCUGGUCAUACAGCUCGUUUGCGAGAUCUUGAACAGAGUAUCUGAGCUCAUUGACCAGGGUAUCGUGGCCAGCAUGACUUGGCCAGUUUUCGUAGCUGCGGUAGAACUCGACCCACUGAAUGACGACAUUGGAAGGGAUACCACUGGUCUACCAAUUUCUGGACGGGCUCUUGUUCUGCGUGCCUUGGAAGCGAUGGCCGGGUCUGCUGUCACUAAUGUCACUCGUACGCGGGUAGUCAUAUCGAAGGUCUGGCAGAUGCGGGAUAUGAACACCGCCGGGACAGGUUUACACGAUUUGGGAGAAGAUACGUCGCAUCUAAAUGAUUGGGAACGGUAUGUUGCUCCUGUGAGCAACGCAAUGAGUCUAGCAUGA